AGAGAGGAUACAGUGUAGAGUCAGACUAAGCCGGGAGAGUGAGAGUGGAGCUCAGGCAGCAUUACAGCAACAGAUAGGAGCACACAGGGACCGGGCGGAGCAGCUCCGUCAGGAUACAGUCAGCCCAGGGGCAGAGAAAAGCACUGGAGCUCGCUUCCCCUUCCCCAGGAGGGAGCUUCUGCCAUGGGCAAGGCGGAGAGAGAAUGAGCGGAGCGAAGCUCACCCCCAGCGCCCAGCAGCAGCAGCAGCAGAAACGCCGCCAAGAUGACCAGCUCCAGCUCGGGAUCCUGCCGCUUCGCCGACUACUUCGUGCUGGCCGGUAUCGACACGGACAGCGGGCUGGAACCUGACGAGCUCUCGGCACUAUGCCAGUGGCUAGAAGCAGAGCGAUAUGGCAGGAGCCAAGAUAAUCCAUGUCCAAACAAAGCCUCAGGAGAAAACUUUGAUCAGAGCCCAUUGAGGAGAACAUUCAAGUCCAAAGUGUUAGCCCACUAUCCCCAGAAUGUGGAGUACAACCCUUUCGACCAGGAUGCUGUUAAUAUGCUCUGCAUGCCAAAAGGGCUUUCCUUCCGAACACAGGCUGAAAGCCGAGAUCCGCAGUUCCAUUCCUUCCUCAUCACUCGUGAAGAUGGCUCGCGCACCUAUGGCUUUGUGCUCACCUUCUACGAAGAGGUUACCUGCAAGCAGAUCUGCAGUGCCAUGCAGACCCUCUAUCAGAUGCACAACGUGGAGCAGUACAGCAGCGUUUACGCCUCGUCCUCUUGCAGCAUGGACUCGCUGGCGAGCAGCAUCGACGAGGCGGACAGCACCUCACUGGCUAAGCUGCAGCGCUACAACUCGUACGACAUCAGCCGGGACACCCUGUACGUGUCAAAGUGCAUCUGCCUGAUCACCCCGCUGCCAUUCAUGCAGGCCUGUCGGAAAUUUCUGCUGCAGCUGCACAAGGCGGUGAGCUCUCAGCAGCCCCCGCCUCUUCCCCUGGAGAGCUACAUACACAAUGUCCUCUACGAGGUGCCGCUGCCCCCACCUGGCCGCUCGUUGAAAUUCUCUGGGGUCUACGGGCCGGUUAUUUGCCAGCGACCCGGGCUCAGUGAGCUGCCCCUGUUUGAUUUCCCUCUGCGGGAAGCCUUUGAACUACUGGGUUUGGAAAAUCUGGUUCAGCUCUUCACCUGCGUGCUCCUGGAGAUGCAGAUACUUCUGUACUCACAAGAUUACCAGCGGCUAAUGACGGUGGCUGAAGGAAUCACAGCACUCCUCUUCCCUUUCCAGUGGCAGCAUGUCUACGUUCCCAUCCUCCCGGCUUCCCUGCUGCACUUUCUUGACGCUCCAGUUCCGUACCUGAUGGGUUUGCAAUCCAAGGAGCCCAAUGACCGGUCCAAGUUGGAGCUCCCACAAGAGGCCAAUCUAUGUUUCGUGGACAUUGACAACCACUUCAUCGAGCUCCCAGAGGACUUCCCCCAGUUUCCUAACAAGCUGGAAUUCAUCCAGGAAAUCUCUGAGGUGCUGCUUCACUUCGGAAUUCCCCCCGAGGGGAACCUGCAUUGCAGCGAGAGUGCCACCAAGCUGAAAAACCUGGUGUUGGACGACCUGGUCAAUGACAAAAAGAACGGCAACCUGACUAGCAACACCAUCAACAUGUACGAGCUGCUGAAGGGCAACGAGACGCUGGCUCGGCUCCAGGCGUUGGCGAAGCGGACUGGGGUUGCCGUCGAGAAGAUGGAAAUCGCGCCCCCGCCAGCAGCGGAGAAGGAGAAGGACACUAAGUGCCAGUGCAGCGAGGAAGAGCUGCGUGAUUACAAGCUCACCGUGCAACUCCGUGAAGUGUUUGCCAACCGCUUCACCCAGAUGUUUGCCGAUUACGAGGCCUUUGUCAUCCAACCCACUCAGGAUAUGGACUCGUGGCUCACCAAUCGUGAGCAGAUGCAGAAUUUCGACAAGGCUUCGUUUCUGUCCGACCAGCCAGAGCCCUACCUCCCCUUUCUCUCCCACUUCAUAGAAACGCAGAUGUUUGCGACCUUCAUUGACAACAAGAUUGUGUCGCUGUGGGAAGAGAAGGACCCGCUUCUCAGAGUGUUUGAUUCGCGCAUUGAGAAAAUGAAGAUCUACAGUGUUCGCAUCCCCACGUUACGCACCUCAAAUUAUCAGAAGUGCACUGUCUUGAAAGAAGCUGCUCAAGCUAUUGAGCAACGCCUGGUGAAGAUUGACCACACUGCUAUCCACCCACACCUGCUGGACAUGAAGAUUGGGCAGGGCAAGUAUGAGCACGGAUUCUUCCCCAAACUCCAGUCCGAUGUACUGUCAACAGGGCCGACCAAUAACAAUCGAUGGGCCAAUCGAAGCACCACAGCUCAGCGAAGGAAAGACCGUCUCCGGCAGCAUUCCGAACAUCUGGCACUGGACAACGAUCUGAAAGAGCCAGCAGAGAGGCAACUGCUUCAGAACAACUCCAUGGCCUUCUGGGAGUGGGACCAGGGUCCGCCCCCUCCCGUACGACCUCCCAAAAAAUCCUUCUCCGAGUGCUCAUUGAAGUACAUCCAGGAGGCCCGGAGUAUAGGAAAGAGCCUGCGGCAACCCAAACUCUCUGAUCUGUCACCGGCUGUCAUUGCACAAACUAACUGGAAGUUUGUAGAAGGUCUGCUGAAAGAAUGUCGCAUCAAGACCAAACGGAUGCUGGUGGAAAAGAUGGGACAUGAAGCAGUAGAGCUGGGACAUGGAGAGGCAAACAUCACUGGCUUGGAAGAGAACACGCUGAUAGCCAGUCUGUGCGAUCUCCUGGAGAGAAUCUGGAGCCACGGGCUGCUUAUCAAGCAGGGGAAAUCAGCACUCUGGUCCCACCUACUCCACUAUCAGGAGAGUGAGGAGAAGCGAGAAGCAACGGUGGAGACCCCAGUUGCAGCUGGGCCAGAACGGCGGAGGUCGGAUUCAGGACUGAACUUGCCGACCCUCAGGGUCUCCCUCAUCCAUGACAUGAGGCACGUCCAACACAUGAGCGAGAUCAAGACAGAAGUAGGCCGAGCCCGGGCCUGGAUAAGGCUGUCCCUUGAAAAGAAGGUGCUUUCUCAGCAACUCAAGCAGCUCAUGUUCAACCAAGCUCUUAUCAAGAAAUUGUACAAGCGUUAUGCCUUUCUGCGCUGUGAGGAUGAGAAGGAGCAAUUCCUUUACCACCUGUUGUCACUCAAUGCUGUGGACUACUUCUGCUUUACCAGUGUGUUCACGACAAUCAUGAUCCCAUACAGAGCUGUCAUUAUUCCGAUCAAAAAGCUGAGUAACUCCAUCACUACCUCCAAUCCUUGGAUCAGUGUGUCGGGUGAGCUGGGGGACACUGGGGUGAUGCAGGUCCCCAAGAACGUUUUGGAAAUGACUUUUGAGUGCCAGAAUCUGGGCAAACUGACCACAGUUCAGAUCGGCCACGACAACUCAGGCCUGUUGGCUAAGUGGCUGGUGGAUUGCGUGAUGGUCCGGAAUGAGAUUACUGGUCACACUUACAGGUUCCCCUGCGGCCGGUGGCUCGGGAAAGGGGUAGAUGAUGGCAGUUUGGAGCGGAUCCUGGUUGGUGAACUGAUCACCCCGGUCGUGGAGGAGGACCUGAGCAAGCAGUGCCGCACUCCGCCUCAGCUACGAUCCCCAACCAUCGCAAGGCGCCUCAGCAUCACGUCCCUCGGAGGGAAGACAGGCAAACCCAACGCUGGCCAAAUCCAGGAAGGAAUUGGGGAAUCUAUAAAUAACAUUGUGAAGCACUUUCAUAAACCAGAAAAAGAGAGAGGCAGUCUGACCAUCCUGCUGUGUGGGGAGUUUGGCCUGGUCUCUGCCCUCGAGCAAGUCUUUCACCAUGGCUUCAAGUCUGCUCGGCUCUUCCAGAAGAACGUCUUCAUCUGGGACUUUAUAGAGAAAGCUGUCACCUACUUUGAAACAGCCGAAGAGGAUGAGGAGUCACAAGAGAACCUGCUGCAGCUGAAAGUCUGCUCUGCAACGUUCUGUCAGUAUGUCAACGCGAUUACUGCAGCCCCUCGGAGUAUCGGAAAAGAUGGAAAGUUACAGCUGCUGGUCUGUCUUGGGGCAAGGGAUCAUUUGCUGCCCCAGUGGAUCCCGCUGCUUGCGGAGUGCCCGGUGAUCUCCAGGAUGUACGAAGAUGGCGCCCUGCUCCGGGACCAUGCAGCCGUCAACUCGCUGAUCCGGGUGCUGCAGACCCUGCACGAGUUCAACAUCACGCUGGAAGCGUCGCUGGUCAAGGGCAUCGACCUGUAGCGUUGGGUUUUCAAAGGGAGGAGACCCUUCCCCCAUCCUGCCUGUCUUCCUCUGACAUACAUUGAG